AUGGCGGACUCGUUGCCGGACGACGUGGUCAUGGAUAUCCUCUCACGGAUAAAGGACGUGCCCUCGCUCUUCCGCUGCGCCGCGGUGUGCAAAGGGUGGCGCCGCCUCGUUGCCCGCAUGGAGGGCGUGGGUGUCUUUGCUGGCUUCUUCACGCAGCUGCAGCCACGCGGGCAGCAUACAACGCCGUGGUUCAUCCCGUCGCCCGGCCCGGUUCCGUUGGCGCUGGGCCGUCGUCGCCGUCGUCUCACCUCCCUCGUGCCAGACAUCCGGGUCGCCGGCUUCCUUGAAUACGCGGUGCCGCUUGUAUCGCACCAUGGCCUUCUGCUGCUGCGCAUCAACACCAACCUGGGCGGUGGCAUCCUGGCCGUCUGCGAUCCGCUCGCUGGCACCUUACGCGUACUCCCUUCUCUUCUAGGCUAUAAUUCUGGUGAGGACAUGAUGGGAUACACCCUACUUACUAAUAAGGACGGUGGGAGUUUGGACGAUCACCAGCAUCAGCGGUCAUUCUUCUUCAAGGUGGUGAUUGUUACGAUCCUCAAGAAUCACGGCUAUUAUACGGAGUACAGUCUGCAGACAUUAUCAUCGGCCGACGAGACAGGAUGGAGCAGGUGCUCCGGUGACCUCUUGAAGGCCGGAAAUCACAACAUCCGCGUGGCAUUUAUGCAGCGUGAAGCUGUUGUGUGCGGUGGCGCCGCGCACUGGCUCUUCUUCGGAGUGCCUGCUGCAAUCUACACUCUUGAUUUGAGCAUUGAAACUGGACACGUCUCCAUUACAGAAUUGAACGGCAUAGAUAAUCUUUGGGUCUUUGGUGUUCUUUGCGUUUUAGGGCUGCGUGACAAACCAUAUCUUACCGCUGACACCGAGGGGAAGCUCAUGUUGCUCUGCUUGGAGCAGGAUGGUCACCGGGUUCAGAUCUGGACGUCGUGCGACAACAAGAUGUUCUUUCAAUCUUCAAUACUCAAGUUAAAACAACGUGUCUAUAAAUGCUUGGGAGAGAAAAGCGGCACUGUGCUCAUCAUAGAUAAGCUGCGGGUUGUCUAUGUUGCUGAUGUCAAGACAGGGGUGAUGCAGGAGGUGACCCAAUGGCCAUACAAUAUCAGCCUUUGCCGCCAAAAUACCGUACUUGUGGAAGUGGACUGGCCGGCCUUCUUUGCUCUUCGGCUUGGUGUUGCAGCCACAUGA